CUCUAACAUAUUUGCUUUUAUAUGGUACACUUGCAUAUAACAUUACUGGUAGUGCAAAGAGUAUUAUGUCUAUAACUAAAAUAUAGAUUCCUAAUAAUGUGAAGGCUGCUUCUUUAAGACUGAUGGAUGCUAAUAGACUUGACCAUCACCACCAUGGGGUGCAUGCAGAGUGCACGCACACAUUUUUACGAAAACAUCAGAGUCCUCGAACUGAACACUUCUGUUGAUUCUAAUCCUACUGUCAUUGAUGAGUCAUCCAAUGUAGUACUGAGGUACCGUACACCCUACUUUAGAGCUGCUGCCCAGGUGCAGGUGCCACCAGUGGUCCGUAAAGAAAUUUGGACUGUGGGCUGGAUCCAGGCGUGCAACCAAAUGGAUUUCUUCAAUUACUAUGGAGAAGAAGGAAUAUCAAGCUGGGAGAUCCCUGAGCUGAGAGAUAGACACAUCCAGGCCAUCAGUGAUUCAGAUGGCGUGAACUAUCCAUGGUAUGGCUGUACCACCGAGAUUUACACUAUCGUAGGGCCCACCAAGAGGAGCACCACCCUCACUGUGAGCAUGAAUGACAACUUCUGCCCCAGUGUGACAUGGAGUGUCCCCACGAGCACCACCAGUGUUUCCCCACUUUUGAGCUCUAUCCAGAGGGACCAGCAUUUCACCACCUGGCUGGUGGCCAUGAACGAGGCCUCAGCUGAGAUAGUACUGCUCAGGACCAUCCGCUGGAGGAUGCAGCUUGCUAUUGAGGUGGAUCCCAAGAAGCCCCUGGGACAGAGAGCUCGCCUCAUGGAUCAUCUUGCUCAGGAACAGCCAGAGAUCUUGACUACAAAUGAACCCAUUCCACCCAAUGCCUUGGUCAAACCCAAUGCCAAUGAUGCUCAGGUGCUAAUUUGGAGACCUAAAAGAGGGAAGCCGGUUGUGGUCAUUCCCCCUAAGUACUGACUGGAGUGAAAAAAUGAAUACUUAAGUGUUUUACCUCCUCUUUCUCACUGAACCUCAAGAAAUGCAUUUUUUAUUUAUUGAUUUGAUUGUUUAUUGGAUGUUCAGAAAUGAAAGUGUGGCCUCAG